AGUCUUGCGCAGAUGUACCGGCUCCUCCCCUCCAGUCUUGCGCAGGUGUACCGGCUCCUCCCCUCCAGUCUUGCACAGGUGUACCGGCUCCUCCCCUCCAGUCUUGCGCAGGUGUACCGGCUCCUCCCCUUCAGUCUUGCACAGGUGUACCGGCUCCUCCCCUUCAGUCUUGCACAGGUGUCCCGGCUCCUCCCCUCCAGUGUUGCACAGGUGUACCGGCUCCUCCCCUUCAGUCUUGCACAGGUGUCCCGGCUCCUCCCCUCCAGUCUUGCACAGGUGUACCGGCUCCUCCCCUUCAGUCUUGCACAGGUGUAACGGCUCCUCCCCUCCAGUCUUGCACAGGUGUACCGGCUCCUCCCCUCCAGUCUUGCACAGGUGUACCGGCUCCUCCCCUUCAGUCUUGCACAGGUGUACCAGCUCCUCCCCUUCAGUCUUGCACAGGUGUACCGGCUCCUCCCCUCCAGUCUUGCACAGGUAUACAAGCUCCUCCCCUCCAGUCUUGCACAGGUAUACCGGCUCCUCCCCUGCCUGACUGUUCCUGUCCCCGCCCCUUUUCCUCCCCAGCCUGAUGGUCCUGGCCCCGCCCUUUUCAUUCAU